CCCGCCUCCUGCUCUGACGGAGCGCGAGCACCUGGCAGGCCGGCCCCGCCCGGCAACCCGCUAAGACAGCGCCCUAAGCUCCUCGGUCCCCUCAGGCUCCCUGGACUGGCUUCUGCGGUCGUCAUGACGGCGGCCGUGUUCUUCGGUUGCGCCUUCAUCGCCUUUGGGCCCGCGCUCGCUCUCUACGUCUUCACCAUCGCCACCGACCCUUUGCGCGUCAUCUUCCUCAUCGCCGGUGCUUUCUUCUGGUUGGUAUCUCUUCUGCUUUCGUCUGUUUUUUGGUACCUAGUGAGAGUCAUUACUGACAACAAAGAUGGACCCAUUCAGAAGUACCUGCUCAUCUUCGGAGUGCUGCUCUCUGUCUGCAUCCAAGAACUGUUCAGACUUGCAUAUUAUAGACUGUUAAAAAGAGCCAGUGAGGGUUUGAAAAGCAUAAACCCUGAGGAGGAGACAGCACCUUCAAUGCGCCUGCUGGCCUAUGUUUCUGGCUUGGGCUUUGGAAUCAUGAGUGGAGUGUUUUCCUUUGUGAACACCCUGUCUAACUCCUUGGGGCCAGGCACAGUGGGCAUUCAUGGUGAUUCUCCUCAGUUCUUCCUUAAUUCAGCUUUCAUGACGCUGGUUAUUAUAUUGCUGCAUGUGUUCUGGGGCAUUGUGUUUUUUGAUGGCUGUGAGAAGAAAAAGUGGUACAUACUCCUUACAGUUCUCCUGACUCACCUGCUGGUGUCCACCCAGACCUUCCUCAGUCCUCAUUAUGGAGUAAAUCUGGUAUCAGCAUACAUAAUCAUGGUGCUCAUGGGCAUCUGGGCAUUUUUUGUUGCUGGGGGUAGCUGCCGAAGCCUGAGACUCUGCCUGCUCUGCCAAGACAAAGACUUUCUUCUUUACAGCCAGCGCUCCAGAUAACCUCUGGCAGCCGGCACGCCAAACAGCAGCCUGUGUCUUUAGAGGAAGCACAACUGUGUCCUUUUCUAAAAAGACCCUUUGCUCCUGGCACUUGGAAGCAGCAGAACUGCCUGUGUGCUUUCAUGCAGCAGCCUCUGGAAGAGCUGCUGUGUGGCCUGCAGCCUGCUGCACAUUUGAGGCAUCCUGAAAACAAAGACUGAUGCUUCUGGACUUCCCCUCCAGAUUUGAUUGUCCUGAGUGUGCAGCGCAGUGAGAAUCACAGAUCCAAUGGAAGUUCUGAGAAUCCCCAAAGAGAUUGAGGUUUGGUACUUAACUGUCUCCUAUGCUAACUUCUGCUGAGCAAGUAAAUUUCUCAGUGUGGUAACCUGGGUAGCCCUGUGUUUUAUGUACUGGCGUCACACAAGGCUGAAGGGCUGUUCUCUCUGUGCACGGCUUUCAUGUCCUUCACUAGAACCGUAGCCUGUGCCCUUAAAUGCAGUAACCUACACUGACACUAUUACUUAGCCAAGGCAAAGUCUAUAUAUUAAGUAUUAAAGUUUUUUUUCAUUUUACAUUUUUCUUCUUGUAGGAUAAAAUUAUUCUUUUUAGUAUAAAUCCAGGCUCCUUAAGAGUGACGACAUGCUGGCUUCCUUGGGGGAGUUUAAAAUUGUUCCAAGUCAGUGAGCCUUCUCAGCUAAAAGCUGCUGCGUGUGCUGUCUGGAGCUGGGCUGGUCAAGGUAAAGCUCACUGUUGUUAUCUCCGAGAAGCCAGACAGAGAGAUAAAUGAUGUAUCAUUGGCAGAAUGUCGCUGGACCUUGUGAGAGCAGCUAAAAGCACAAAGUAGUGUGACGUUGACACCUUUCAUUUGCUCCGGUGACACUAAACAGCACCAUCACCCAAAUGCGACAGGGAGAAAUUGAGCUGCCAGAUUUCAAGCUGGCAUGUGACUUUUACUCUCCAGCAGGUUUGUCUCAGUUUUGGUUACAGUGAAACAGUUCCCUUUCUAAGAAUACCCAGGGGCUUUGUUGGUCUUCUAAAUAAGUCAGCUCACUUUCUUCUUACAAUGAAAUGCUACUGAAUUGUGAGUGUACUAACUGGAAAUUGUUCCCAAUCCAAGUUUUUUUGGGACUUAGAAACUAUGUCUUCCUGAAAGUGAUGAACCCAGCUCACCCGUGCAUCUCCUGAAAGAAACAGGAGCAGCAGUGAGAGGGCUUGGCAGUGACAUGGAAGAUGAGCCUGACAGCACUGUGCUGGCACCAAGAACCUGUGUGGUUUUUACCCCUGAACUAAACCUUAAUUGGUUAAACAUGUGAGUGUCUCAGUGCAGAGAUGCGAGAGCAGUAAAGCUCCUAGGAAGACUACAGAUCACUGAGGAACCUCUGUGGUUAUCCCCUUAAAGGUCACUCCAGCACUGUCACACCAGGGCUUCUGCUGGAGCUGGUGGGUUUGCAGCUUCAUAUAAGGCUUUCCAUGGAUUAGAAAAGACAAACAUAACUCCAGAUACUAGAUUAUAGCACAAAAACCUAAAUAGGAAUAGUCAAGACAAUAUUCCUCCACCAGAAGUCAGUAGCCGUAUUGUAAUAGGUCCUGAGAAAUACUAUUUAGUUGAAUCAUCUGACAAUGACUUCAAAAUAGCAAUUAUGAAUAUAUUCAAGGACCUUAAAGGGGAUAUGAAUGAUGCCGUAAUGAAGACCAUGAAGGCAGAAGUGAACAGUUGAGUGAAAUGAUAAAACACUUUUAAGACAUGAAAAUAGCCUGGCAGUGGUGGCACACGCCUUUAAUCCCAGCACUCAGGAGGCAGAGGCAGGCGGAUCUCUGGGAGUUCAAGGCCAGCCUGAUCUACAAGAGCUAGUUCCAGGACAGGCACCAAAGCUACGAAGAAACCCUGUCUCGAAAAACAAGAACAAAAACAAAAACAACAACAAAAAAAGACAUGAAAAUAGAAAUAGAAUCAUUAAAGAAAAUGCAAUUUGAAAUAAAACUGAAAAUGAAAAGUCCUGGAUGUCAAACAAAAAUGUCAGAGGUAAAUCUCACCAAUAGAUUAAAAGAUGUGGAAGAGAGAAUUUCAGGUCUUGCAAACAAGGUAGAAUAAAUAAAUAGCUCAGUCAAAGAAAAUGUGGCCUAAAACCCAGGCACAAAAUAUCCAGAAAUUCUGGGACUCUUUGAAAAGACAAAGUCUAUGAAUAAUAGGUUUAGAGGAAGGAGAAGAAACCUAGGUCAAAGGCAUAGAAAAUAUUUGCAACAAAAUAUGGAAGAAAAAUUUUCCAGUCUAAUGAAGGAGGUGCUGAUCAAGGUACAAGAAGAAUACAAAACACCAAAUAAACAGGACCAGAAAAUAAAUUACCCACAACACAUAAUAAUCAACAAACUAAAUUUACACAAGAAAGAAAGGGUAUUAAAAGCUGUAGAAGAAAAUCUCCAAGUAACAUAUAAAGACAGGACCAUUAGAAUAACAGCUGACUUUUCGAUGGAGACUCUGAAAGCUAGAAAGACUUGAACGUAUGUUCUGCAAACUCUGAGAUAUCAUGGAUACCAGCCCAGAGUAUUAUACCCCCCCAAAGAAACCUAUCAAUUACAAAAAAUGAAGAUAGAAAACACCCCAAGAGAAAACCAAAUUUAAAUAAUUUACCAAUCCAGCUCUACAGAAGGCACUAGGAGAAAAACUUCAGUCUGAAGAGGUUAACUACAUACACCAAGAAGACAAAAGUAAUAAAUAAUCCCCAAACAGUAAGUAAAAAAUGGGGACAAGGCACACUAUAACAAAAAAUAAUAGGAGUCAAUAAACACUACUCAUGAAUAACUAUAUUAAUUAUCUCAAUUCCCCGAUAUAGAGACAAAGACUAAGAGAUUGCAUUAGAAAACAGAAUCCAUUCUUCUGUUGUAUCCAAGAAACACAUCUCACUAUCAAUGAUAGACAUUACCUUAGAGUAAAAGGAUGGAAAAGGUAUUCCAAGCAAAUGAACCCAAAAAAAGCAAGUCGGUGUAACCAUUUUAAUAUCUGACAAAAUAGACCAAACCAAAACUAAUCAGAAGAGAUGGGGAAGGAUACUACAUAAUCAUCAAAGAAGAAUCCAACAGGAGGAUAUUGCAAUUCUAAACAUUUAUGUGUGAAACACAAGGAGACCCAAGUUCAUGAAAAAAACAUUAUUACAGCUAAAAUCACAUGUUGACUCUCACAAGUGAUAGUAGGUGACUUCAGUACCACCCCCACCACUAGACAGGUCAUCCAGACAAAAACUAAAUAGAAAUGCUGGAGCUAAAUAAUACCAUAAAUCAGAAGGAUCUCACAGAUGUCUACAGAACAUUCCACUCAAAUGCUAAAGAACAUACUUCUCAGCAGCUCAUGGAACUUCCUUCAAAACUGACCACAUACUGGGACACAAUGCAAGUCUCAACAGAUAAAUGAAAAUCAAAAUAAUGCUUUGCAUCCUUUCUGAACAUCAUGGAUUAAAGCUGAAUAUCCACAACAACAAAAACAGCAGAAAGAAUUACACAGAUGUGUGGAAAAUGAAUAACUCACUACCAAGGGAAAAGUGAGUUAGGAGUCAAAUCAAGAAGGAAAUUAACAGCCUUUUAGAAUUGAAUAAAAAUGAAAAUACAGCAUGCCCAAAGCUAUGAGAUACAAUAAAGUAGUUCUAAGAGUCAAGUUCAUAACACUAAGUGCCUACACCAUAUUAUAACUUAGUGAUAUGCCUGAAAGCUCUAGAACAAACAGAAAUAAUAAUACUCCAAAAGAGUAAAAGCCAAGAAAUAAAUUCAGGACUGAAAUUAAUGAAAUAGAAGCAAACAAAAACAACAACCCCCUCAAAAAAAAUCAAUGAGGAGUUGAUUCUGUUUCUUUGAGAAAGUCAACAACAAAUCCUUUAUCAAAUUAAAUAAAUGACUGAGAGAAGACCCAAAGUGGGAGAUUACAACAGGCACAGAGGAAAUUCAGAGAAAUAAUAAGCAUAUAAUUAAUAAAUCUGUAUUCCACUAAAUUGAAAAAGCUUUAAGAAAUGGAUGAAUUUCUUGAUACAUACAAUCUCCCAAAGUUUAAAUCAAGAUCAGAUAAACAAUUUAAACAGAUCUAUAUUCCCUAGUGAAAUAAAAGCAGUAAUUAAAAAUCUCCCAAUCCAAAAACCCUGGACUAAAUGGAUUCAACAUAAAAUUCAACCAGACCUUCAAAGAAGAAUUGAUGCUAAUGCUCUUCAAAUAAAUCUGCAAAAUAGAAACUGAAGAAACAUUUCCAAAUUGUUUUUUUCAAAGCCACUAUUACCCCAAUACCAAAACCAGACAAAGACCCAACGACAUCACACAAAAAUAGAAAAUGAACACAGAUCUUAAAAAAAAAAAAAUAACCCUCUCUAACCAUUGCUGUGGCCUCAGCUGGUAGUUUUUGUGGUUGCCUGUAGGACAAGAGGAUUAUGUCCUGGAAUGGCCUAACCUCAAGCCAUGCUAAUUAUUUCUAUAGUAUUGUCCCUCUACUGGUCAAAGCACAACACAUAUGGAUAAGUUUAGAACACUCCAAUGAGCCUUUCUGAGCUCAGUGUUCAUGUGUAUAAAGUGUGAAUUUAUUAUAUACUUAAUAAAGUGAUUGUGAGUUACCUUAUAAACUUUCUGUGUUGUAUCCAACACAUAUAAGCCACCUUUAAAUGUGUGCUACUGGCCAAAAUCUUUUGUUUGUUUGUUUGUUUUUGAGAUAAGGUUUCUCUGUGUAGCUCUAGCUGUCUUGGAACUCACUUUGGCUGGCCUUUAACUCAAAGAGAUCUGCCUGCCUCUGACUCCCAAGUGCUGGGUUUAAAGACGUGUGUCACCAUUGCCUGGCCACAUAUUUUUAAUUAAAAAAUUGACAUUUAUAUGUGUCUGGAGGUCAGAGGACAUCUUGCAGAAGUUGGUUUUCUCCUUCUACUGAUAUUUGUAUUUCAUAGAUAAUUAUGUCUUUUUAUGCUGAGUGGAAGUAAAUUCUAUGGUAGAAAACUGAAAUUAUAUGGCAAUAAGGAAAUAGUGUGAUCAAGUGUGAUGGUACACUUUUGUAACCCUGGAUUGAGCUGAGGCAACGAUAUCUUAAAUUUAAGGCCAGUUUGGGCUAUGAACAUAGUGAGCCCCUUGCCUGAUAAAAGAUAGUAGUUUUUGAUCAAGUGAAAGGAUUAUUGUGUAUCUACAUUUGUUGCUGAUUGCUUAUUGAUAGAGCAAGAGCAAACAUUAAUGUGUUUUUGUCUGCAUGUAUGUGUACCAUGUGCAUACCUGAGGAGACCAGAAGUAGGCUUUGGAUCCCCUGAAACUAGAGAUACAGAGCAUUGUGAGCCACCAUGGGGGUGCUGAAUCCUCUGAAUUGAAACUGGCUCCUCUGUAAGAGCAAGCAAGUAUUCCUUACCACUGGACCAUCUCUCCAGCCCCUUAAAAUACGUAAGGAAAGAUAUUCUCUAAGCCAGUGGUUCCAAGUUCUUUUGUCAAACUGCUUAGGUCACCAUUUUAUUGCAGCAUAAGAUAAUACCUCUAUCCCUGGUGUUUAGCUAUGGCACUAAUGUUUAACCUUUUAUUUAUCCAUUUAUCAAGACCAUAUUUUAAAAAAGACAUUGUAAUAAAAUAUUUUAUAAGUUUAAAAUGCACCAUAGAUUAAUAAACUUAAACAUUUUAAAAAGCUGUUCCUUAAAAAUAUUCAGUUUUUCUAGAUAGUGGUGGCGCAUGCCUUUAAUUCCAGCACCCGUGAGGCAGAGGCAGGCAGAUCUCUGUGAGUUUGAGACCAGCCUAUUCUACAAGAGCUAGUUCCAGGACAGGCUCCAAAGCUGCAGAGCUACAGAGAAACCCUGUCUUGAAAAACCAAAAUAAUAACAAUAAUAAUAUAAUAUAAAAAUCCAGCUUUAAAAUUUUCUGUAAAACUCUAAAAUUUCUUUUUCAAGACAUUUAAAGUCUCUUAAAACACGUGUUCUAGUAAUAUCAAAAUAAAGUACCAUUUUUAUUCUUAGAGUGAAGAUCCCCAAAUGUUCUAGAGUAUCCUUGCUUCCUUUUGAAGCCUAGACAUUGAAACCCUGCUGAUAGAGCCAAGGUACUGGUCCACUCUGAGUUUGACUCAGUCCCCCAUGUUACCAUGGCGUGAAAUCAGAGAUUCAAAGCAAGUCAGAAAACAACCAGUGGCUCUGGUUGAACUCCCAAUUAACCAGAAAGAAAAUCAGAAAUAAUCAGAGUCAUAGGACAUCUCCCUGUGCCCUGGUGAAAGAUUUUGUAGUCUAGUCAGACCUCCUUUGCUUUCAGUAGGGUACGCCAAAACCAGAAUCCAGAAACCAAACAGAAAAGUGUUAUAGAGUUUCUGUGGCUUACCAAGAAAAGGGAGGCCUCCCUAAAAAUGCUUGCUACUUCGUUUUUCAAGUUCACUGCGGAGGGUCCCGGAGCUGGAGUGUAAAACCCACCUCAGAGUUUGGGGUGUAAUUAUCUCGCUGGGGCCUCCAUAUGUUAAUCCUGAAAUUCACCAGAGAAAAACCAGUUCCACCAUUUUGGCCAAAUUAAAGCAAGUUUUUAUUAAAAUAUUAAAUACCAACUGUUAGGAAAAAAUCUUAAGAUGAGCUGCUACGCCAGCACAAAGAAAUCCAAUCAGACCAGAUUAAAACACCUCAAAUGCCCGUGUUUAACAGACAGCUGUCC